CGUCCGCCCGCCGCCGCCGCCGCCGCCGCCGCCGCCGCCGCGUGCCGCCCAAGUGACUCGCCCCGCUCCAGCCUGAACCCCUGGGGCCCGGGCUGGGCCUGGUGAGGGGAGCGGCGACCCCGCCGGCCUGAGCUCUUUCCCUGGCGGCCGCGGCUCCUUCCCUGGGACAAUAUGUUCAAGAGAAUGGCGGAAUUUGGGCCUGACUCCGGCGGGAGAGUGAAGGGGGUUACCAUCGUCAAGCCAAUAGUUUAUGGUAAUGUUGCCCGAUAUUUUGGGAAGAAAAGAGAAGAAGAUGGACACACCCACCAGUGGACAGUAUAUGUAAAACCAUAUAGAAAUGAGGAUAUGUCAGCGUAUGUGAAGAAAAUCCAGUUUAAACUACAUGAAAGCUAUGGCAAUCCUUUAAGAGUCGUUACCAAGCCUCCCUAUGAAAUUACUGAAACUGGAUGGGGUGAAUUUGAAAUAAUCAUCAAAAUAUUCUUCAUUGACCCUAAUGAAAGACCUGUGACUCUGUACCACUUACUAAAGCUGUUCCAGUCAGACACCAAUGCAAUGCUGGGGAAAAAGACGGUGGUUUCGGAAUUCUACGAUGAAAUGAUAUUUCAAGACCCAACAGCAAUGAUGCAGCAGCUGUUAACAACAUCUCGUCAGCUGACAUUAGGAGCCUAUAAACACGAGACAGAGUUUGCAGAACUUGAAGUGAAAACCAGAGAAAAAUUAGAAGCUGCCAAGAAAAAAACAAGCUUUGAAAUUGCAGAGCUUAAGGAAAGAUUAAAAGCAAGUCGUGAAACUAUAAAUUGUUUAAAAAAUGAAAUCAGAAAACUCGAAGAAGAUGAUCAGACAAAAGACAUUUAAGGGGCUGGUAGUCGGUGUAGCCGGAAGCAGGCGGCUCCGCAGGAGCAAGGACUCGGUGCGGACAACGCUGUGGUGUCCCCUGGAGGAGACGACGCUGUGGUGUGGCCUGGAGGAGCUGCGUGUGCGUGAGAUCGCCGGCCUGGGUGUCUCAGCAGUGCAGUCCCAGCACUCAGACUGCUCAAGCCUCUUCCCUGGGGAUCCACCGGGUUCUAAGAGCUGCUGCGGAUAGCAUUCCAUGAUGUUAAGCACAACUUUUAAAGUUUUGUUUUUGGUUUUUAAAUUGGACUGUAUGUGGUUUAUUUUCCUUUAGGCAGACAUCAGAAUUUUGUUAUAAAGUCUAACUUGUACAGUUUAUACUUCUCCACUAGGCGGAAUUAGUGUGUGUGUCAGUACUAGGUAGAAUUGGUGUGUGUAUCUAAUUCUUCAGGUUCUUACCGGGCCCAUUCUGCCUCUUUUGUAUAUGAUGUGUCUGGUAAGUAUUCAGUAAAUGUAGUUUACUGCUCUUUUGUCUGCCUCCUGUGACCUCGCCACUCACUUUUCCACCUUGUAAUUUUAAAUAAAUAUUUGGGUGUUUUUGUUUGG